GUGGUGGUGGUGGUACUACUUAACUCUUGCUUCUACUAAUUGUUUGGUUGGGUGGAGGGAGAGAUGAGAUGGAGUACGAGAGUGGUUAUUGCUGGCCGAGCUCCGCCGAGUUAGGGCUCGGAGGGACCCGUUCAAAAUAUGUCAUCAUUGUCGGCGGCGGUAUCGCCGGUCUCGCAGCCCAACACAGCCCUACAUAAACUAAGUAACAAGGAGGUUCUCAAACAAUCCGCCCUCCACCGCAAAAUCGGCGCCACCAUCUCCCUUCAACCCAACGCCUCCGCGCGAGGUCGACUUCGCCGGCUGAUUCUGGGCCCGCGCGCGCGGGCGAGAUCUACAAUCGCGGCAGGAUGUUGCAGACGUUCGCGGAUUGCCCGAGGUGGGCGCAGGCGUCGCUGCGGCUGGCGAAGGCGGUUGGUCAUGUAAUGAAGCCAUGCGUGAAUCAGAAUUCAAUUGUUACCCUUAAUGCAGCCUAGACUAGGGGAAAUGUAUGUUGGAA